UUAAAUUGAAAAUCUCACCGCUUCCGCUUCUCGGCGGCGUCUUCCUCUCUACCUGACACGACUUCUUCUUCGUGUUUCUUCUUCUCCACUUUUUCUCGAAUCUUCGUCAAAUCUCUCUCUCUCUCUCUCUCAAUAUAAUCUUUAGCUUUCAUCAAAAGUUUCUUCACCCAUCUUCCUCGUUUCCCCUGUAAUAUCUCCAACCUCCGUUUCCAGCAAUGUCAUGGUACCGAAGAACCAAACUCGUGUUCGACUCCCUGCGACGGAACAUAGAUCCGAAGAUUCUCCCCCGCUCUCACCUUCCCUCGAGUAUCAAACCCACUGGGUCUCCUAAUCCCUCAUCUAAUUUUUCCGGGUUCUCCUCAAUCGCAUCCCGCCAAGUAGGGUUACGAUCAUGGACACCUCUCGGGAGCAGGAACAGGGUCGCUUACAAUCCGUUUCUGAGUCAAGCCAAGAGAAGCUACUACGUUGAUCGCUACCAAGUUCGUCACUUCAAGCCACGUGGACCCCGAAAGUGGCUCCAAAACCCUAAAGCUGUCUGGACGGUGGUGCUCCUUGGUUCCGGAGUUCUCGUCACUCUCUACUUCGGCAACUUGGAGACUGUUCCUUACACAAAGCGAACUCAUUUCGUUCUCUUGUCCAAAGCCAUGGAGAAGAGAAUCGGGGAAUCUCAGUUUGAGCAGAUCAAGAAGACUUACAAAGGGAAAGUCCUCCCUGCCAUCCACCCCGAGAGCAUCAGGGUUAGACUGAUAGCUAAAGAGGUCAUUGAUGCGUUGCAGAGAGGUUUGAGCCACGAGCACGUGUGGAGUGAUUUAGGGUAUGGUUCGAUGGAUAGCACUACGAGGGGUAGUGAUACGGGAGUGAAGGAGGUGGGUAUUGCUUUGAGUGAAGGUGGCGAUGGUGAAGAGACCUUGAGUGAGAUGAAAUGGUCUAAAGAUGAUCAGAUUCUUGAUGAUAAAUGGAUUCAAGAAAGCAGGAAGAAAGAUACCAAGGGAGAGAGUGCUCAUCUUGAAGGGAUUAACUGGGAGGUGAUUGUGGUUAACGAGCCUAUGGUUAACGCCUUUUGCUUGCCCGCUGGGAAGAUUGUUGUCUUCACUGGCUUGCUUGAUCAUUUCAAGUCUGAUGCUGAAGUUGCUACUGUCAUCGGGCAUGAGGUUGGUCAUGCGGUGGCUAGACAUGUAGCCGAGGGGAUAACAAAGAACUUAUGGUUUGCAAUCCUUCAGCUGGUUUUGUAUCAGUUUGUCAUGCCCGAUCUUGUGAACACAAUGUCUGCGCUCUUCUUGAGGCUUCCUUUCUCUAGAAAGAUGGAGAUAGAAGCCGAUUACAUUGGUUUGCUAUUACUUGCAUCUGCGGGAUAUGACCCAAGAAUAGCUCCUAAAGUAUAUGAGAAGCUGGGGAAGCUGGGCGGAGAUGUGGCACUCGGGGAAUAUUUAUCGACACAUCCUUCAGGGAAGAAGAGAUCACAGCUUCUGGCUCAAGCCAAUGUGAUGGAAGAAGCACUAAUGAUAUAUAGAGAAGUCCAAUCGGGUCGUGGCAUUGAAGGCUUUCUUUAGCCUUCCAGUCCAUUCAUCUCCCUUGAGUCUGUACAAACUUUUCACCUUCCUUUCUUUUAUGUUUUAGAAAGAAGAAUCUGUGCUGGUUUGCAUCUAUUGCACUUUUUUUUCUUUUGAUCGUUAAUUGUAUUAUAACAUCUAUCUAGGCCUCGUAUUAGUGGCAAGUGCUUUACAUUUUUAAUGGUUAUAUGAAAUGUCGAUUAAAUGGAA